AUGAGCUUAAUAAGAUUUAUAUCUCCCUUCAAAGUCAGACAGAAGAAGAAUAAUCAUGCUGGGCUUCUGAGGCUCCUGAGGGACUCGUCAAUCGCUAACCAAAAAGUCUGAAACAACUUCAAACUGCAUCUCCAAAAAGGCCGAAAAAUCACGCCUAAAGCAUGCCAAAUCAGAGAAGACACAAGUUGCCUUCCAGACCAAGUUGGGGUUUCAGGCCUAGUUUCAAGAAGGAUCAAGUCACUGAACAACAGCAGGAAAGGCAGAGGAGAAGAAGAGAAGGACAGCAGAGAUAUCAAUAUUUCAAGGCGGAAAAAUCAUCUAAAUCAAACCUCAAACAUACAAAAUUUUGAUGAUUAUGAAAAAUCCUUAAUGGCUAUAAACACAUUGACUUCAUCCAAAAAGUCGCUGAACCGAAAAGAAAAUGAAAAAUUCUACGGAAGUUUCAUAAUGAACAAAAGACGUAGUCUCGUUGAAAGAACCAGGUUUCCCUCAAGAGCAAAUAUAAAUGAAAGAAACGAGAGUGUAAAAUAAACUCCAAGAGAUGGCAAAGAAAAGAGAGCUUAUAAAACUUCAUAAAUAAAGGACUCAAGUCUGAAGACCUUAAUUAUGCCGCUUUCUACUCAAAUAGGUCAAAUAUGAGCUCACGCCAAGGUCUUCCCCCCAAAUCUCCUGAACAUGAGACAAAUCGUUUGUAUUUUUCAAAGAAACUCAAAACAACUGUCGAAGAACAUCAAGAAGCCCUCAUUCUUGAUGAAGAUGGACAUGAUUCUUCUAUUGAAAGUGCGAAGGGAGGAAAUAAGAUAUUCCGCUUAAUGACCAAAAGUAAAUAAACAAAAGAAAAUCAUCAAACUUAAGAAAGCAAAAAUUAGGAAAGAACGUGAAAUUAAGGCAAAUGAGAACCAAAUUAGAAAUAAUGCCCUCUUUGAAACUCAUGAGAAUUACCAGAGUAGUCUUAACACGUACUCUGCUAAUCUUGAAGACAAGCAAGACUGACUUACUCAGCUGAUUGAGCUCGAAGAAGACUUUCUCAGAGAGCAUGGAACCCUUAAAAACCCUAUUAAAGAGACUUACCAGGAAAUAGUCAAAGAGAUCAGACAGCUAGUUGAAUAUUGAGGAUCCACUAAAAAGCUAAAAGAGAUAAUUCAAUGAGGGCUUGACCUAAACAACGAAAGACUCCAAGCGAGGAAUAGACCUUGGAAGAAUAACAAAAAGAGCUGGACUAGAGCCCAAGACUUGAAGCGCUUCAAAAGAGCAAUUAAUAUUCUAAGGCAGAGUAAAAUAAAGCUCCCUCCCACAUAGCCAGGCCACUUGUUUCAUUAAUUACAAUAUUAUUUCAAUAAUCU